AUGUAUUAUUUUCUAACUCUUUUCUGCUCAUUAGAUGGAGAUGACUACCUGACUGUUGCCCAGUCGCUAAAGCGAGAGUUCGACAGCCCAGAAAUCUCUGACCUAAAGUUCCUGGUUGAUGGGAAGUGUAUUUACGUGCACAAAGCCCUGCUUAAAAUCAGGUGCGAACAUUUCCGAGCAUUGCUGAAUGAGACAGAUGAAGAGACCAUAGAGAUUCAUCAGUUUUCUUAUCUGGUGUAUCGUGCAUUCCUGGAGUACUUGUAUACUGAUACCAUCAACCUCCCACCUGAGGAUGCCAUUGGUCUGCUGGAUUUGGCCACGUACUACCGUGAGAGCCGUCUGAAAAGGCUGUGUCAGGAGACCAUCAAGAGAGGCAUCACAGAGGAGAACGCUAUAACACUGCUCUCAGCUGCUGUCAAGUAUGAAGCCCGGGAUCUGGAAGAGUUCUGUUUCAAGUUUUGCGUUAACCACCUGACGGCUGUCACUCAGACGCAGGCCUUCGCCGACAUGGACCACGAUCUGCUGAAGAACUUCAUCAGCAAAGCCAGCCGCCACGGAGCAUUCAAGAACUAACAAAAAGAUAUUGGCUGAGGAGGUAUUUUGCUUUGGCUCUGCCACAUCCAGGCAAGUUAUCUCUAAUACCUCAGAUUUGGGGAGAGAGGAGCCAAAUUCAUGUAGUUUGACUGAAGAAGUGGUAAAAGCCACAGCACUGGUUGUCUUCUGGGUCCCAGUGCCUUUAAAUGACAUCCCCAUCUGAAGCCUGAUCUGAUAGAUCUAUGUAAAUGGAAGAAUUCAAGACUGGAUUCAAAGGGACCAGAAGAGUCUCAAAAGAUUGUAUUGAAAUACAGUAGCUAAACGAAAAGAAACCUCUGAGGUGCUUUAUGAGCAAGGGAUUCAUCUGUGCAUAAGCAAAAGGGAAGAUCAUCUCCUGUAGGAGAUGGUUGAUGGGAGAAAGAGUUGCUUUUCUGUUACUGAAUUAUUAUUUUGGAUCAAGAUCACAAUCAUUUGCAACAUAUUUCCAGUCCUUAAAUAUGUAAUAGAUUGGAAAGUUACAGUCAGCCAAACAAGUUGUCCAUCUCAAAUCCAUCUAUCAUUGUCAUCAUGAUGGCCUUUAUAAAGCAGGCCAACAGCUGUACCUCCUGUGGGAGGUUACCUGUGUCAUAGGAUAUCAUGUUUUUUUUCCUGGUAUUAGAAGAAACUUUACACAGUAAUAUGUCUUUAUAGUGGUAUAGUAUUAUUUUUAAAUGUAGUAUUAAGUGGCUCCAAUUUAAUUUACUGAUCCAACUAAUGUCGUUUAUGUUGUUUUUUUUUUUUUACUGACAGUAAUGUUACUUUUUAUAUGUUUGCGCUCUUUCUGUGUAACAGUAUUAUUUUGAAUAUGUCAGAAGGGUCAAUGUGUGUGAUUUUGUCAAGUCAUAUUUUUACAAGCACUAACACAAGUGUCAGGGUGAAAUCUCUCAAAAACUGUCAAGGAACUGUGCGGACCAUAUUUCAGCCCAAAAUGAAAAAAAAAAACAGGAAAUUAUAUUUUGCUUAAGAAAAACA